UCCCGGAGCUCGGGCAGUUACUUGUCGCUGUCUGUUUCUCUUGGCUCCCGGGGCAGUCGCAGAGCUUAUAAAAGGGGGCUGGGCUGGGUUGGUUCGGGGCGUUUUGUUUUGUUCGGUUUUGUUUUGCGAGCGAGCGGGCGGGCGGGCGAGAGCGAGGCGGCAGUCCAGCCUCGGGAAGAAGAUGUCAAACGUGCGAGUGUCUAACGGGAGCCCCAGCCUGGAACGGAUGGACGCCAGACAGGCGGAGUACCCCAAGCCUUCCGCCUGCAGAAACCUCUUCGGCCCGGUGAAUCACGAAGAGUUGACCCGAGACUUGGAGAAGCACUGCAGAGACAUGGAAGAGGCCAGCCAGCGCAAGUGGAAUUUUGAUUUCCAGAAUCACAAGCCCCUGGAGGGGAAAUACGAGUGGCAAGAGAUGGAAAAGGGCAGCUUGCCCGAAUUUUACUACAGACCCCCGCGGCCGCCCAAAGGCGGCAGCAAGGUGCCCCCCCAGGAGAGCCAGGAUGCCAACGGGAACCGCCAGGCGCUGCCUGCCCUCGGGUCCCAGGCAAACCCAGAGGACACACAUUUGGCAGACCCAAAGACUGAUACAUCAGACAGCCAGACGGGGUUAGCGGAGCAGUGCGCCGGGCUGAGGAAGCGACCUGCCGCGGACGAUUCCUCUGCUCAAAACAAAAGAGCCAACAGAACAGAAGAAAAUGUUUCAGAAGAUUCUCCGAAUGCUGGCUCAGUGGAGCAGACGCCCAAGAAACCGGGCCUCAGAAGACGUCAAACGUAAACUGGCUGAACGAAGGAUGUGUUUCCUUGUUCAUCAGAUACAUCACUGCUUGAUGAAGCAAGGAAGAUAUAAUGAAAAAGUUAAUACAUAUCGCUGACUCCAUGGAAUGGACAUCCUGUAUAAGCACUGAAAAGCAACAACACAAUAACACUAAAUUUUUAGGCACUCUUAAAUGAUCUGCCUCUAAAAGCAUUGGAUGUAGCAUUGUGCAAUUAGGUUUUUCCUUAUUUGCUUCAUUGUACUACCUGUGUAUAUAGUUUUUACCUUUUAUGUAGCACAUAAACCUUGGGGAAGGGAGGGUAGGGUGGGGGUCUGAAGCGUUUGCUUCAGCUUAUAGCCAGAAUUAAAAAGUCUAUUUGACCUGCUUGAAGAGGAGCAGUUUUGGGGAAGGGUUGGAAUUACUUUCUUUAAAGAUGUAAUGUUCCUUUCAGUGAGAACUCACACUUCAUUUUAAAAGUCACCAAAAUUUGAACACUGCCUACAAAUAAUUGUUUUUACAUGAAGCUUAUUCUCAUUUGGGAGCUCUGAUCAUUCCGUUAUGUAGCGGUAAAUGGCUUAAAAACAAUACAAAUUAGCCCCUCUCAGUGUCUCCCACAACACCUUAAAUUUGGAAUUUAGCAGUCAGUUAUUCCGCAGCUAGGUAAUCACUCCAAGUAAUUCUGGACAAAAAUCUGGGAUGUAGGGGAAAUGUUCUGAGUGGUCAGAAUUGGCCAUUUACAUUUUUAAAUUUUAAAAAAAAUUUUUUUCUUAAUUUCCUUUUCGCUUUGUGCUAUGUGGACAGUGAAAAUAAUACUAAAUUCCUGGUUGUUUUUAUAGAUCUGUAAGUAGCACCACAUAAAAUGAAAUAAUUUAAAAUUUUCAGCUUUUCAUUCUAUUUGUUAAUUUACCCACCAGAAAGUGGUGUUUUGACAGGAAAUUGUGUGGAGAAAGCACAUUGGUGGAAAAAGUGAAAUGGAUACUACAUCUUUAAACAGUAUUUCUACAUUGCCUGUGUAUGUAUGAAACAACCAUUUGAAGUGUACCUGUGUACAUAACUCUGUAAAGACACUGAAAAAUUAUACUAACUUAUUUAUGUUAAAGAUUUUUUUUUAAUCUAGACAAAAUACACGCCAAAAUGGCAUGUUUGUGCAUUUGUAAAUGCUUUAUUGGGUAGACUAGUUUUUUUUUUUCCUCUCUUUCCCUUUCUCUGUCCUGUUAAUAAUAUGGCUAUGCUUAAAAGAUUGCAUACUGAGCCAAGUAUAAUUUUUUGUGAUGUGUGAAAAAAUGCUUAUUGUUACACAUCAAGCAAUCAAUAAAGAAAACUUCCAUAGCUA